AGUCGAAGAGGAAAUAAAUGAGUGAGGCAGCGUCAGUCGGAGACGGAGCCGUCCGGGGGAAACCAAAUAAGAGCAGACAGGAGCGGCCGCCGUUGGCGCCCGGACCCAAACCCCACCUCACCAAGGGCAGGACUUCUCCUGACCUCUGCUUCUUGGUGCCAUGAAGCUACUGGACUUCUGGGUCUCUUUCCGGCCAUCCCUCUUCAUUACCCUUUGCCUGCUGGUUAUCCUGACGGCCUCUGCCUUAUUAUGCCUGGACAGCCAGUUCCCCAUCCUGGGGUGGAGGAACCCCUCGCUCAGUGACCCAGGGCAGAGUCCAUCUGCUUCCAGCACGGAGCGCGGCAUGUGGACUGUGAACUCCCUCGGGCGCCUGGGGAACCAGAUGGGGGAAUACGCCACCCUCUAUGCCCUGGCCAAGAUGAACGGGCGCCAGGCCUACAUCCUCCCGGAGAUGCACCAGCAGCUGGCGCCGCUCUUCCGCAUCACCCUGCCCGUGGUCUCCAGCGACAUGGUCCAGAACAUCCCAUGGAGGAACUAUGAGCUCCACGACUGGAUGUCGGAGGAGUACAGGCACAUCGAGGGGAAAUACGUCCAGCUGAUGGGCUACCCUUGCUCCUGGACCUUCUACCACCACCUCCGUCAGGAGAUCCUCCAGGAAUUCUCCUUCCAUGACCAAGUCAAGGAGGAGGCCAACCGGUACCUGGCCGGGCUGCGUGGGCAGCGCCAGAACGUGACCUACGUGGGCGUCCACGUCCGGAGGGGGGACUACGUCCGGGUGAUGCCCCAGGUCUGGAAGGGGGUGGUGGCGGACAAGGCCUACCUGGAGAAGGCCAUGGGCUACUUCCGGGCCAAGUACCAGGAGCCAGUCUUCGUGGUGACCAGCAACGGGAUGGAGUGGUGCCGGGAGAACAUCGACGCCUCGCGGGGGGACGUGUAUUUCUCGGGGGACGGGAAGGAGUCGUCGCCGGGGAGGGACUUUGCUCUCUUGGCCCAUUGCAACCACAUGAUCAUGACCAUUGGGACCCUCGGCAUCUGGGCCGGUUACCUGGCUGGGGGGGAGACCAUCUACUUGGCCAACUACACCCUCCCCGACUCUCCCUUCCUCAAGAUCUUCAAGCCUGCGGCCGCCUUCCUGCCCCAGUGGAUCGGGAUCGACGCCGAUCUCUCCCCGCUGCGGAGCGGGAAUUCUGGCUAAAGGAGCUCAGCCGACGGGAUCCACCCACCGUCGCGUGGCCGAUCUGCCCAGGACUGGACACCUGGAAUCCCCGAGCCAGUGACCUACAUCCAUGCUGGGAAUCUUCACAGUGAUGGAGUCUGGGAGCCAGGACUCCUGGGUUUUCUCCCUGUCUCUGGGAGGGGGUGGGAGCCAGGACUCCUGGGUUCUCUCCCUGGCUCUGGGAGGGGUGUGGGAUGUGUAGAUAAAUCUCUGCUAAUUGUCCUAUGACUUUACAUUGUGCCGCUUCAUAGAACCUUGUCGCGGGUCUACCCGCGUGUGACCUCUGUUUUCAUGAGACUUUGUAUCAAAGCCUCCUAUAGAAACCUUGUAUUGAGGAGCCUUGGUCUAAGGAAACCUUGUAGCAACGCCUCCUGUAGCAACGUUGCAUUGCCCUGGGAUAAUGUUACAGCCCCUAAGGACUGAAUAAGAUAGAAGAAAAAUGUCUUUUUGCUCCGAGUAGAACAAGCUCUCCCCGCUCAACGCCCUCAGUCAAUUGCCCUGUGGAAUGACCGAGGUGUGAAGGGGGCAGGCAGCACCUCCGGACAGCCGCGCCCCUUGGAGAGGGGCUGGGAGCCAGACCCGAGGACCGGGAAACGGGUCAGGUGGGCGCGUUAGGGAGGAGCAGCCACGCUGACGGCCUCAGGGUUAGAAGCCAGCACCUUCCUCUGGGCCCAGCCUCUGUGCAGCAUUGGGACCGACAACCCCCAGCAGGAAGCAGCACAAAGGCCCGACGGCCACAGACCCAAGAUUUGGCAGCUGGUGCAGAUUUGCAGCUGGGAGUGGGAGGGGUCUUGCAGAGGACCCCGGGUCUCGUCUUGUCAACGCAGGCGCAUCGAUCUGGCGCGGCAGAAGCCCGGCUCCACCCGCUGCCCCAUCUAACACACCCGGCCAGGGCGGCUAGCGGGAGGAGCUAGUUGGUAACAACAACCAGCUGGCGUGUGCGUGUGCGCGCAUGAGUGUAAUCUAUCGAUAUAGCUCAUCUGCAUACGAUACGGUGUUAAUGAGUACGUGUA